AUGCCAAAUGACUGGUACAUAAUCAAUAUUGGACAGAUUGGAUAUUAUAGAGUUCAUUACGUUGACAAUAAUUGGGAAUUACUGAUAGAUGAAUUACUCAAAAACUAUAGGAGUAUUCCAGAUUCUGCACGUCCACAGAUCAUCGGUGAUUUAUUCCAUCUCGCAAAUCAUGGUAACGUAUCAUUCACUACUUUCCUGAACUUGACGAAAUAUUUGAGCCAAGAAACGCAAUAUGUGCCUUGGACAACUGCCAGAAGAGCUCUUCUCUAUCUUGACCGUAUGCUUCUUUUGGAUGAGAAUUACGGAGGCUAUCAAGCAUAUGUACGUCUCCUUGUAAAUGCAGCUGUGAGAGACGUUGAUUGGAUAACUAUGAGAGAAGAUCGCAAUGAAGAGAAACACAUACCGCCUGGUUUGAGAUCAGUCGUCUACUGUACAGCUAUCCGAUUUGGUGGGCAAGCAGAAUGGAAAUUUCUCAGAAGUCAGUACAAUGUUAAUGAGACGGAAGAUGUUGAAAAAGAAAAUAUCUUGACGGGAUUAUCUUGUUCUCGUGAUGUAUGGACGAUGAAACUAUACUUUGAUUGGAUUAAACAAGACAAACAAUACUGGUCAGCGAUUCCUGAAUUCGCAGUAUCUCCAAUCGGUAACAGAAUGUUGUGGGACCAUGUGCAUGAAGCGGUCAAAUCUUUGAAAACUGGCAUGGAAAAUUCAACACGUUCCCCAACUGAUAUUGAUGAAUUCACCAAAGAAGUGAUCCAGAGUCUUUCUAAUCCAUAUUACAGCUUGAAUAACAGAAAUGAUGGGGAAAAGAUACUGAGAACAGAGGCUGAUUGGCUACAGUUACCACAGAAUCAUACACUCAAAGGGGAACUGAAGAACUUGCUAACUACCUCGAAGCGAAAUUUGAAAUGGCUUGACACCCACCUCCAGACAAUUGUACAAUGGUUGAAAGAAAACGUUCCUCAUACAGAGCAAGGGGUCUAGAAAUGUUACUCAUUGUGGAGAAAAUCGUCUCUAAUUCCUACUUAGACUAUGUAGCGUGAAUUCAGCCCAUGAUCUCUUUUGACUAAUUUUUCAUUUGAGUUUCAGGAGUUUUUAUUUUUACAUAUUUCACUAGUGAUAUUUCCC